CUAUUCAACUUUUGUGGAAGCCAAAGAACGAAACUCCAUUGUAAUCGACUGUGUUCAAUUUUUGGGCAUGGAAUUUAAAGACAAGUCUUUACUCAAAAUAUUGCGCGGACAAUUUCCUAAAUGCCUUGGCCUCAAAUCUAGAGUAAUUGGUAAGAACAAAAGAAAGACUAUAGAGCUUGGCUUCUCGACUGAAAACGCAUGUAGAGACGCUCUCCUUAAAGAAUUUUUAGUGAAUGGAAAGAAAAUUGAACUGAACAAGACCCUUGACCAUUUUGCAAUGGUAACCAACAUUGGUAUUUCUGAAAUUCCUCUUAUGGGAAAAGAAGUAUUGAAGACAGCAUUGAUCAAUACCUUUGAACGCUUUGGCGAUAUUUUGAACAUUGGUGUCUCUAAAUGCGCUGACUCCGAUUGGUUCACUGGUCGCGGUUUUGCUACACUUAAUAGGAAUAAAUCAAAAGAAGUAACAUAUACAGCUGAGCUCGGCCCCUCAAGUGGAACUUGUAAGUUUUCCAAAAGUAUUACUGAACGUCGUUUGGUCUCAAAUGAAGCAUAUUUGCGCUGACUGUCAUACGGACGAACACAUCAAACUUGACUACCCCAAAGAGUCAGAAAGCUAUGUUUCCGCUGCAAGAUCCCUAACCACUUGCAAGCGAAACGCUCUACGGCACCUUGAAAUCGUGAUCUCAAAACAAACAAAACAGGAA